CCGCCUCUCUCUCGCGCUUCAGGUCGUCGUUCGGUCGCUGUGAGGACUAAAGCCCAGAGGCGGAGAUGGUGGCAAAGCAGCGGAUUCGCAUGGCCAACGAGAAGCACAGUAAAAACAUCACCCAGCGGGGCAAUGUGGCCCGGAGCACCAGACCCCUUCAAGAGGAGAGGGCUCCAGUAGCCCCCUGGUUGCUGGCGUUGUUUGUAUUUGUGGUCUGUGGAUCAGCCAUUUUCCAGAUUAUUCAGAGCAUCAGGAUGGGAGCAUGAAGGACAGUCGGACUAGCAGUAACGGUUUUCUCCUUCCACCAUGGUUAUUUUGUUUCUUGGACUCCUGACUACCCCCUCUCGGACUGCACUGUGAUAACUUUCUCGUCUUACCAAGUUGCCAACACCGAAAAGCCUGCAUCCUUAAUCAGUAUUUCGCAGCAAUAAUCAAGGCGGGUGCACCUCGUAGACGGCUUUAUAUAUAGAAGUGUGGAAUAUAUCAUAUAAAUUACAGAGAAUCAAAGCAUCAUGAAUUCCUCUGACUGCCUCACUGGCAAAACUGAACAGUGUUCCAGGUCUGCAACAGCACACAUUCCAGCUUGUUCAAGGUCUGGUUGCACAGACCAGCUGCCUGUUUAUGUAACUGCAUGGCCUCCCUCACUAGCAUCACCCCACAUACCCGCCCAAAGGACCCUGAAAUCGCAGCUAGUGUUUUGAACUUUGUCCUUCCCUUUGGCCUCAGCAGUCCUGCAUUGCCCUUGGACUCUGGCCCUGGAUUGCAAACCCUUCUCCAACCUGUUCAUUCCUCUGAUCUUUCAGUUAAUCAAUCUUUUACACUUUUUAAAAAGUCCAUUUAAUGAGAUACACUGGACCAACGUUGAAGCAAUGAGACCUGUCUUUUUAUAUCAAACCUUCCAGUUAUGAUCAGGUGGUUUACACUGUCGGUUCCGUUCUGCUCCUAACACUUGAUCUUUCCUCGAGGAAACAAGCCACUGUCUGCAUGUAAACAGAUGGGGAAUCAUAAAGGUCAGAGGCUAGUGCAGAUACCAUCGACCAUCAAGCCAGCCACUUGCUGUGCUUCCUCUUUCCUGGGGCAAUCCUCGGCCCUUUCCAGAGGAUGGCUUGUGCGCUAAUUCUUUAUAAAUUCACCAUUUUCCUCUCCAGCUAAGCAGCUUUCGGAUGCCCCGGCAGUGGGAAGCUAUGUAAAUGUAGGGUAAUUUUGUGUUUUGUCCCCUUACCCAGCCCCAUCAUUUCCGCUGCUUUCAUCCUGAAUCUGAUGCGCUCUAUCUGAUCAGAUUCAAAUCCCCAAGUGCAUUGAACACAUUCCAGUGAGCUUAAUGGUAGGCUCCAGUCUCAUCUUCCAGUUGAAAGGAGCUCAUUCCACCCACUCGGUGUGUCACAAAACCAUGUUACUCCAAUAGGCUGACAGGACAUAAUAAACACUGUGUGUUCUUGCUGAGAUUGGUGUAAAGGGAGCCAGUGCUGCCCCUGUCCCUGGGAGUGUUUGAUGGGGGGACAGUGUAGAGGGAGCUUUACUUUGUAUCUAACCCCGUGCUGUCUCUGUCCCUGGGAGUGUUUGAUGGGGGACAGUGUAGAGGGAGUGUUACCCUGUCUCUAACCCCAUGCUGUCCUUGUCCCUGGGAGUGUUUGAUGGGGGUGGGGGACAGUGUAGAGGGAGUGUUUCACUGUCUCUAACCCCGUGCUGUCCUGUCCUGGGAGUGUUUGAUGGGGGGGGGGGAGACAGUGUAGAGGGAGUGUUUCACUGUCUCUAACCCCGUGCUGUCCUGUCCUGGGAGUGUUUGAUGGGGGGGUGGGGGGGACAGUGUAGAGGGAGCUUUACUCUGUAUCUAACCCUGUGCUGUCCCUGUCCCUGGGAGUGUUUGAUGGGGGGGACAGUGUAGAGGGAGCUUUACUCUGUAUCUAACCCCGUGCUGUCCCUGUCCCUGGGAGUGUUUGAUGGGGGACAGUGUAGAGGGAGUGUUACCCAUCUCUAACCCCGUGCUGUCCCUGUCCCUGGGAGUGUUUGAUGGGGGGGACAGUGUAGAGGGAGCUUUACCUUGUCUCUAACCCUGUGCCUGUCUGUAGUUACGAUGAGUUGACCCAGUGAUGUAAUUGGUUGAAAUGCUCUCAAUUGAGUGGAAAUCUUUUCAUUUGUAGCUCCCUGGAGUUGGAUGUUUCCCACUCGAUUCCAGAACGUAGCUCUGUGAUACUGCGCCUCCCCAACCCCCCCCCCCCCCCCCCCCCCAAUACACACCAAUACCACUACCAAACCAGUGGGCCAUCCUAUACUCUGCAGCCAGUGUCUCUCAGGUUAAUACCAUGUGGACCUCUUCCCUCCACCCCCUCCCCUUUUGUGUCUGGUUGGUUUUGACCCCCUGCCCUUGGAGAUUAUGGGGAUGCCCAACACAAUUAGUUAGGCCUGGAGUAGUGUGCAGGAAGUUCCUGAACCCCACUGACAGAGGCCCGUGGGUGUGACUCCCUGCCACAGUCCAUUGACGGAACUGGUUACCGGUGCUCAGGGUCACCCUGGGGGGUGGGGGAAGGGGGCAUGGCACCGUGGCUGUCCCAAACAGAAGCUAUAGCCAGCAUCACCUCUGGCCUUGUUGAUCUUGAUGUGUUUGAUCAUGUAUUGCCAAGCAGGACAGCAGUUCAUCCUGUCGAUUCCCCAAGAUGACCAUCUGUGGAUCCCCUGAUGUCCGGGUGGCUGCUGUCUGCUGUAUGAGCAAGGCUUUUUCUGAAAUUGUCCCCUCAUCAUGCAGCAAAUGUGGAAACCUGUCUUGUGCUGCAAGAGUCCCCGCAUUUACCAUGGGGAGUGGGAUAAAUCCGCACCUCCCCACUGUCACACUAGGAGACCAGCAAAGCUGCUUUUUUCUGUAUCUUUGUUGGUUGGGUGGGGUGGGGAAGAGCCUGGGAGCAGGUCUGAGAAUGCCGUGAGUCACGGGGGGAGAAGAUGGGAUGGAGGUUGUGGUACAUUACAUUCGGUUCAUGUGAUUGUGGGAAUAAAGCUGCCCGUCGCACAAAGCCCAUUGUCUCACUCUUUCUUCACUUGGUAUAACCACCCACCCACCGAAAUAAAACUACAACCCGACUUAGCUGGUUACAGGAUGGGUGACUCAUUGGUUUUCGUUUUAAAUCGGUGAACUUGAGCUCAUGUACCCUGAGAAAUGGAACUUUUGAUCACUUUUUUUUGGAACUCCUGUAAAGUCUUCAAACAGCAAUAAAAGUGUAUCUCUCCUUUU